UUAAAUUAUGGAACAGACUAGGCAUAUAACUUCAAUGGAUAUGGUAGUUUGCAUAAUAAUAUUUAGAAUUGCAAAGUUUAUAUUUAUACAUUCGUUUGAUUUAAAUUCAGUUUUAAGCUAUGGAUCUAUUACAAAGCUUUAAAAUUCCAUGUACAGGACCUUUACUAUAUCAGAUGAAGCCAUACCGACUAUGGACUAUUUUUCUAAGAAUUUCUUUUGUGGUGGUAAUAUAUAAUGGAGUUCUGCUGAUCUUUUUGAAUGGAGAGCUUUUGAGAGGGAACUCAGAGGGUCAUGUUUUUCAAAUGGUUACUCGCAUAAAAUCACUUAAUCAAAGCUGUAUUGGAAUCAAGGAAGAUCAAGUAAAAGAGAAUCGCAAAUCAUUGUUAAAAUAUAUAAUUGUCAAUGACAAGUACAAAUUAAUGUUUUGCUAUAUCCCAAAGGUAGCAUGUACUAAUUUCUUACGUUUAUUGAUUUGGUUAAAUAACACAAAUAACGUCUCAAAUACCGGGCCGAUAAAAAUAACAAAGAUUCAUAUGUUAAAGAAAAGUCUGCCAAGUUUAGGUAUGUUUGCACCUCAAGAAAUAAAACAGCGUCUAAAACAUUAUAGAAAGGUUAUAUUUGUUCGCGACCCAUUAGCUCGCCUUAUUUCAGCUUUUAGAAAUAAGUUCACUGAAGCAAAAAAUCUAAAGUUCAUAUCACUAUACGGAAGGGAAAUAAUACAGGGAGCUACAAAUGGCCAUGCUAAUAAAAUUCCAGAUAUAGGUUCAAUUAAAUUUGCAGAAUUUUUACGAUACUUGGCAGACGAAAAAACUAUAAUGCAAGGAUAUAAUGAUCAUUGGAAAUCAUUCAAAGACAUUUGUCACCCAUGCUACAUAAAAUAUAAUUUCAUUGGAAAGUAUGAAUCGAUCAAAGAGGAUGUCGGGUAUCUCCUUAAAAUGCUAAAUGUACAGCAGAGGUUCAAAUUUCCAGAACGAGAAAAGGAUUAUAACCAUACAAAAUCUGCAGACAUGAUUUCUUCCUUUUUCAAAGACGUUGAUCCAGAUAUUUUCAGCAAAGUCGUCAACGUAUACGCGGACGAUUAUGCGUUGUUUAACUACAGUAUCCCGUCCCUCCCCGAUAUCGUUAAUAUCUAGUAUGUUCUACAUAUGUGUCAUUUUGAAUUAGUCUUCUGGUCAGUGAAUUUAUGUGGAUUAUUGAAAAUUGAUGCAAGCUAUGUAAUUUACUUAACUGCCGUUUCCAUUUCACAUAUCGACUUUGUAAAAUGAAUGUGUAACCUUGUUUCCUUUAGAUAUUUUAUUUAGAACUAAAGUAAAAAUAAAUAUUAUCAAUACAUGAAUAGCGUUAAUGCCGGUGGAACUCUACGUUUCCAGAAUAAGUUUCGGACUUAAAUUGAUAUUGAGUUAUGCGACAUAUUUCUAAUGCAAAUGUAUUUUCUGUACUUUCAAAAUCAACUGCAAUAGAACGUUUG